CAGACAGACGCCCUGCUGAUGAAGGGAUUUGAUCAUGAACUUGGUUUGAGCCCCUCCCGCUAAGGAUGUCGGUGCAUCCCGGCGAACCCGUGCUUCGCUCUAACCCUGAGGUCCAACAGCAGCGGCUGCCGUGGGCACUCCUGCUCCUCACCUUGGCUGCCAUCACGUCCUGGUCGCUGUCGGUCAUCUCACUGUAUCACAUCCUGACCCUGAAGGCUGAGGUCGCCGGCCUACGUGCCGAGCUCGGCCGGAGGAGGGAGGAGCAGAGGAGCAUGAGCGUGCAGCGCCAAGGUGGGCCGUCACAGGAGCCUCAGACCUCCAAGGCCAAAGAGGUGAGGCUCGAACCCCCAAGCAGUAAAAUGAGCAGGAAGGCCUCUGGGAAUUCUCUUCCAGAACUGCACCUGACUUAUAACAGGAAGAAGAGGGGCGUAACCCAAACGUCAGAGGAGAAAGUCUUGCAGCCCUGCUUGCAGAUGAUGGCCAACAGCAAGAAAGAGACCACUUUUCAAGACGAACACACGGUCAUCCCUUGGCAGGUAGGCCUCAGGCGAGGCACAGCCCUUGAGGAGAGCAACAAUACAAUCCUGGUGAAAGAGGAAGGCUUCUACUUUGUGUACAGUCAGGUGUAUUACACGGAUAAGACCUUUGCUAUGGGUCACUUUGUCAUCCGAAGAAAGCAGAAUGUCGUCGGUGAUGAAUUACAGGAAGUCAUUCUGUUCCGCUGCAUUCAGACCAUGAAUCCGAUCUUCCCCUACAACACUUGCUACACUGCAGGCGUUGUCAAACUGGAGGUGGGCGACCGUGUGGAGCUGCUGAUCCCUCGGCAGUCUGCCAACGUGUCCCUCGACGGGGAUUCCACCUUCCUGGGGGCCAUCAAGCUGGUGUAGCUGUGCUGUGUCUGGGCUGGCACCGGUGAGGCUGGGAGACACGUUUACUGUAUUCACCCUGCUUAAUGUGUUACGAGGCUGUAGCUGAAACUUGUCGCACACACAACCAUAAGAGGACUACAGCCGAAGCAGGAAGUGCCUAUAUGUCAUUAUCGAGCAACUAUUUCUACAUGGAAAACUAGGUUAUUCACACACACACACAUUUUCUGAACCUCUCGUCCCAUACGGGGUCGUGGAGCCUACCC